ACGCAAUCCACAUAACCUAGCACGAAUCGUGCAAAUUGUUGGUGAAUGUGAUAAUGUCUACAGAGUGUCCUCUCUUUCCGCACWAUCCAAGCCACUGUGAUGCCAUAGUGGCCGUAAAACGAACCAUUGCAAGCCUCUCCAUGAUCGGAAGUUUCUUCAUUAUCUUUAUCAUCUGGCUUUUCGAAAAAUACAAAUACUUCGAGCAGAGACUCCUGUUGGCGCUGUCAGUAGCAGCUUUCAUGUCAUGUAUCUCGUAUUUUAUGGGAGACUUGCAUCCAGAGAAAGGAYCUUUUUGUGUGUUACAAGCCUGGUGGCUCACUUACUUCGAUCGCUGUGUCAUUUUUUGGGUGUGCUGCAUCACAUUCAAUAUCUACUGGAAUUUAAUCAAGGACCGAAAGACUAGUCAUUUUGAGAAGUGGUACCAUGUCAUAUGCUGGGGCGUCUCUCUCGCCAUAUCUUUUCUCCCUCUUAUUGAUGAUCAUUACGGACCUGCAGGACCUUGGUGCUGGAUACCACGAGACAGUUCCAACAGUACAGUUUGGAGAUUCAUGAUGUGGUAUGUUCCUUUGUUUAUCAUCAUCACCAUCUUGUUCAUAGUAUAUGGCUACAUCUUUUAUACCUACAGAAAAAAGGAAAGGGAAUGGACGGGAAUGUACAAUGUUGAUCAACAGCGACUAAGGGAGUCGUUGAAAAGGAAAGUCAGGCCAUUGAUGGCGUACCCCUGCAUCUAUUUGGUUAUUUCAAUAUGCCCUUUAAUACACAGGAUUUACAACGUGACGACUGCAACACCAAGUUUCCCUUUGCUGUUGUUACAUGUGAUAUUCAAUCCCCUUGGCGGUGUUCUCAACGCCAUUGCAUAUGGUUUCGACAAAGAAACGCUCAGCAGGUUAAACAGACAGCAUAUUAAGGUGGCUUUCUUGCACCAUUUUAGACCUGCCCCCGUUAUCUCAGAAUACCAGACCGAUCCUACAGUUACAGUCUGUCCGCCGCGAACUAUGGAACAUGAUAACGUUGUCAAUGACUCGCAAAAUUACGUGCAAGAAGUUCAAAAUGGCGCGACGGAUGACGCUGAUGAUAAAGCCAGAGAUGUCGCAGACAAUGAAGUCAUAAAUGACGUAAGCAGUGAUGUCAGAGAUGACGUACACAAUGAAGUAAUACAUGACAUAGACGAUGUCAGAGAUGACACCGACAAUGAGGCUCGAGAUGACGUAGGCAAUAUCAAAGAUGACGUAGACGAUUAAGUCACAGAUCAGAAAUGAAAUGUUUGAUUUGAAGUGAGGAAAGAAGUUGAGAGUUUACUUGUUUUCUAGAUGUAAUUACUACAUAUUCAAAUUUCGCACGUUAGUUUGUCCAAAACGUUUUAGCUUCAAUCAAUCACAUUUCCUUCGAUUUUAUUAGCAUUAUUUUUAUAUUAAAAAAAAGGUACUGUGGGUUGGAAGCUGCUAUGUCUAUGGAUAAUCAAAUUAAAAAGAUCAGCUUCUAUA